GUGCUAUAAUAUAACGAACACUAAUCACAUGAGAUCAUGUUCUUCAUAGCCAAACUAACCAAUCACACACUUGUGAUCUUGACGUGUCACAAAAUGAUAGGUUAUUGAUCAAGCUUUUCCAUAUUGAGAUUAAACAUUUGUAUCAUCCGAUCCUAGCCUUCCUUCUUGUUGAGACUUUUACAUAUAAACAUUGAACUCUUCUUCCAGAUUAUAUAUAAACACACACAUUUGGAUCAAAACCUCUUAGCUCUUUGUGAAGAGAGAAAGGAAGAGAAGAACAAUGGUGAAUAAGGCCUGUUUGUUAGUUUUCUUCUUUCUCUCAAUCUCUUUAUUUGUUGAUAUAAGCCAUGGGAAGAAACAGAGUGAAGCUCUUGACAAUCUGCACAGAGCCAAGUUGAAGAAGAACUCUGCGAUCGACACGAGCCUUUUCGAGGCCAUACGACAUGUUGGUGGAGUAGAGGUUUAUCCACAAGAGGGACUGAAGGAGAGAGAUAGAAUUGUGAGAUUGCCGGGGCAACCGAAUGUCGAGUUCACUCAGUAUGGAGGGUAUGUCACACUCAAUGAGUCGGCGGGUCGAGCUUUCUAUUAUUACUUCGUUGAAGCACAAGGACAACAACAGUCUAAUCAC